CGUAGUUCAUGUCCACGUUUUCUAAUAUCCACAGAGGGCGUAUCGAGGUCCACCUAAUUUGCUGUGUACCGUCUGCGUCUGCACCCUCUGCGCUUGAAACGGGACGCAGGUAUAAGCCCCGCCAUCAGCGGGAGAGAGAGGUGAGAGCAGGCGGCAGGGAAGGUGAGGAAGAUGCGAGAGGAACACUUCGGCGAAGGCGGAAACCAGCGAAAACUGGCGGAACUUCCGAACCAUCCUCGAGAGAGAACUCGAGCGGCCCGAAGCGACUGAGAUUCGGCGACAGAAGACGCACGAUGGACAAGCUCGGGAAAAUCUUCAAAGAGGUCUACUAUGAUCAGUUCAAGUGGUCAGUGGUUAAGAACAUCGCUUUCUUCAUCGUCGGCGUCAAGAUCGCCGUCGAGUGCAACGGGAUGACUCCCAUGCCGCCAGUCUCCGUUUAAGCCGCUCCCUGAAGUCUCGCAGAAUCUUCUAUAAGAUCGAGAAGGAAACUGCCGAGUGCUCCAGUUUCUCGCAUGUCGCACGUCGAUUACUGUCAAUUGCCGACACGCGUUUGACUCCAUCUGUACUAUACGAAACUGUAUAUUUUGUAUCCGGGACGCUUUUAUUGAAGAAUUGUUAAUAAACAAUGUACAGUAUC